AUGCUUAAGUCUACGACCCAAAGAGAAAAAACGGGUGAGGUGGUCCAAGCUUCGCUUGCUGGGCUCGUGAUUCUUGGAACCCGCCUCCGCGUUUCGAACUCUCCGGUCUUGCGCCCAGACUGUGCUAACGAGCCGGACGUCUACGACAGGAACAGUGCGCAGUGCGAGUACUUCUGCGGGGAGGAGGCCCUGUACUGGUGCCUGGACGACGAAGCCGUGCUGUCGCCGGUGCGGCAGUGGUGUGCCUUUGGCACCAUCCAGGCGCAGUCCAGAUGCUACCUCUCCAAGCUGGAGAUCGCCGGCGCGCUCCAACAGUGUAUUUUAGACGACCGAGUGCAUGGCAACGCCAUAAAUGCCGGUCCACAAUGUGGUAACCAGACGCUGACCUGCACCAUGCAGGAUGUGGAAGCGGAGAAUGGCUGCCACCUCACCAAGGACGACUGCUUCACGCGCAUGUGUUGCGCGGAAGCUAUCGAAAAUGGCUUCAUUGAACAGAAUCCAGAGGUCUUGCCGUCGCUGACGGCGCUAUACGACCUGUGCGAGACUCGUAAAACGGAUAAUGACGAGCCCUGCUUCCCAUUCAUGGUGAAGUGCCUCCAGGAGACGCGCGCCGCCAAAGGCGGCUGCUGCUCCUGCGAGCCAGGCUGGGGCGGCUGGCGCUGCCGGUGGCCGCUCUGCUGGCCCAAGUGCGUGCAUGGCACGUGCGUGGCCCCGGACCUGUGCCACUGCGAGCCAGGCUGGAAGGGCGCGGCCUGCGAUCACGCGGUCUGCACGCCCGAGUGCAUCCCUGGGCAAGGCACUUGCGUGCUACCCGACACCUGCGAGUGCUUCUACGGUUGGGGAGGCGCCUCCUGUGAGUUGCCCAUCUCCGAGCCCGCCUGCGUGAACGGGGACGCGGUGGCGCCGGACAUUUGCCGCUGCGCGGAGGGCUGGGGCGGGCGUCUUUGUGACUACCCGCUUUGCCAGAGCUGGCCGUUGCCUUCACCAGAGUGCGUGCACGGCACUUGCAUGAAGCCCUUCGAGUGUGAAUGCGAGCCGGGAUGGAAGCAGUACAAGCCCAUCAACGCGACGGGCUUCGACAUUUUACCGUUCUGGUCGCAGGGCGAGGACAUCUCGCAGGAGACGGCGGGGACAUACGUGAAGGCGGACUCGCGCAUCUCCUUCCUCUCCUUUUGGGAUCGCCAGUACAACUCCUCCAACGCGGCGCAGUGCACAGUGCCAGAGUGCUCCAUCAUUGUAGACCCUCGAUGUGUGGAGUGCGACCCGCCACCAAUGCAGAGGUGCUUGAAGUGCGAGCCGGGCUUUUUCGUGGACACCGACAUCGACCGCUGCGAGCGGUGCUCUAACCGCUUCCCCCACUGCCAGUUGUGCGGCCCCGAGCCCACCGGCCCUGACGGGAAGGUGGUCCUACGCUGCUUGCACUGCGACCCGCUGUACGUCCUCGAGCCCAUGCCUUUUGGAGAGGAGCCUUCCGGCCGUUGCGUGUCAGACGGACCUAUCGAAUUCAGCUCUCCCGUGUACCAUGUCUACAAGGACCAGGGCAAUGUGACGCUGAUCGUCCAGCGCAGCAUCUAUGCGCUCCGCCCGGAGUUCGCGCGGCCCAUCACUGUAGUGGUGCGCACACGGGACGGCACCGCCCACAGCACGAGCCUCAUGUACGGAGGGGAGCUUGCGUCCUUUGAAUUCACCGUGGCCAACAUCACCUUUGAGGUGGAUGAGUCGGUGCAUGUCCCAGGUCCGGAGGCGUGGAACUACAGCACGGCGCUGCGGAUGCGCUUUAUGGACCGAAUUGAGUUGCCAAUCAAGAUUUUCGACGAUGUCUCUUAUCACCCAGAAGUGCGGUACUUCGACGUGGAGCUGGUGGUGCCGCCCGAGCAGCUCGUGGGCCACCAGGGCCCGCUGUUCCCCUUCGUGUCGCAGCGCCAGCAGGAGACCGACCAGGCCUGGAUGAUGCCGCAGAACGUGUACCGUGCGCCACUCCUGGACCGACAGGACGUGCUCAGCACCACACGGGUCUACAUUUGGGACCACAUGGAGGCAACUGCUGCCCAGACGUAUUGCGAAGGCGCUUGUCGCGAUUGGAUCGCGAGGACCAUGGUGGAUGUGCGGCGGACACUCGUCAUCAACGCUCGCACCCACGCCGGCACGGCCAUCACGGUGCCCACGAGCAUCCGGAAGGAGCCGCACUUCAUCAUCAAGUAUUUACCCCGCGGUGAGGGCAACGAGGAGUCUGUGGGCACCAUCACCACUGCCACACCCUCGGGCAAUGCAGGCUCGUACACGGGUCUCUUCAUCCCCACCCUGCCGGGCAUCUACAAGCUGCAGGUGGAGCAGGCGGUACCUGGCAUCUUCGCAGAGUAUUGGUGGCAUCGGAAUAUCCACCGGAAUGCCCCGCAGCAGCCGGACAUCACGCGGAUUGACCACGUGCUGGACUUCUGGUUUCCGGACGUGGCCACGGCCCCUGCCUUUGUGCGCUGGAAGUUCGUUCUGCACUUCGAAUGCAUCCGCACGGCGCGGUGGCCCUACAACUUCGGGCAUGCGCUGGGCGUCAUCGCCUCCCCUGGCUCCACGGUGCGUGCUUUCUUCUGGAACGAUGGCUCGGUGACCAAGCAGGUGCCUGAAGAUGUAGUUCCACAGAAGCGAGAGGAGAUGAUCCGCGAGGACUGCAUGCAAGAUGUGCCUUACUUCAUUUGCAUCGACCUGCUCUUCCAUGACCCGGUGGUGGACCCUUUUGGGUUCUAUGCCUUUGAGAUCGAGUGGAGCACGCCCCAAGCCGAAGACAACGAGCAGAAUCAGCACGCUUCCGUCGAAAUCAUGCUCUACCACCAGAAUGACACAGACUACUGGGGUUGGUGGCCUAUCCAACAGGGCUGCCUGCUCAGCAGCGGUCUGAACAUCCAAGGCAGUCCCUUCGAAGACUUCCAGGCCAUCAGCGGCAGUGCCCGGGCGGAGUAUUCCACAGUGCUGGCCCUGCCCGACGACACGCCGCAGAUGACCGUCAUCGUCGACACCCUUGGGGAGGUGAAAAUUGACUUGAAGGACAUCAUGGGACAGCCAGUGGUGGGAGGCAACAUGAUUGGCAGCCUUAGCGCGCGGCUCUACACUCUGAAGGGAGUCAAGGAGAGGGACCUCCCUGUGGUCUGGGAUCCAACCAGGGGCUUCUACGUCUCCUGGUGGAAACCACUGCCUCCAGAUCCCAUCUACCAGGACGACGUCACCAGCGGCCGCUACUACAGGAGACUUAUCGUGCUCUUGGACGGCAACCAGGUUCUGAACUCGCCUAUGCCAGUGACGAUCCUGCUGGCUGUGUCGGACCCCGAGCAGUCCUUCGUCAUGACAGGCCUCUACACGCCGGCGAGGGCCGGGGAGCCGGUGUGGUUCCAGAUCCGCUCGGCCACCCUGGCGGGGCGCGUGCGGGUCACCGGAGGCGACAGCUACCAGGUGCUCUUCCAGGGCCCGGCGCACGACCCGCUCAGCGGGGAGGAUCGCUUCGACGGCAGCGUCACUGACAACGCGAACGGAACCUACACUGUCAACUUCGAGAUCCAAAGGCCGGGCUACUACAACAUGCAUGUCUACCUGAACAGCGAGGAGAUCGGGCCGUCGCCGUUCCUGGGGGUCCUCAUUUGGGACGACCUCUCGGCUCGCUUGACCUCCGCCUCGGGCCCAGGUAUCAGCCCGAGCAACCGUGUUCCUGGCAGCCCUGCGCGGAUCAUCGCAGGCAUCAACACCACCUUCGAGAUCAGUGCGAAGGACUCCUACGACGUGCAGUACUUCAAGGGCGGGGGAGAGUUUCGGCUGGCGGUGCCCGUGAUGCACCAGGGACCAGCGGCAAACGUCACCUUCGACAGCGGCCACACUGCACCCAUGGACUACCUGACGCUCACGGACAACGAUGACGGCAGCUACACCGUGGAGUACCAACUCUGCCGGGCCGGCCUCACGUCCAUGAGCAUCGAGAUCCACACGCCACAGGGCAUUGGGUCCCCCCCGAUGUGGCUGCCCAUCUCCGACAGCCCCUACCUGGUGGAGGUGCUGCGGGGCGAGCUGCUGGCCGAAACCUCCCGCGUGCACCCUCCGGAGCACCAGACGCGUAGCGGAGUGCCGACCUCCAUGCGGGUGGAUUUGCGAGACGCGUGCGGCAACAAUGCUGACGACGACGCCAUGCAAAGCCUGGACUUCUCGUUGGAGCGCAUAGCCGAUGAUCCGCCGGAGGCGGUGCCCUUCGAAGCCAUCCGCUCCGGACCUGGGGAGGUGGUGGUCUACUUCACGCCCGGCCGCCGCGGGGAACAUCGCCUCACGGUGCUAGGCAGCGGCCAGCCGCUGCAGAGCUCGCCCAUGCACUUCACGGUGAUCCCCUCCGGCUGGGUGCCCGCGAGCAACUGGGUGCUGCCAGCCAUCGGCGCCGCGACCAACUCCACCUUCGAGCUGUUGAGCUCUCCCUGCCACGCUGGGGAGCCGGCCACGAUCCAGGUGACUUCAAGAGACAUGUGGGGCGAUCCGCUGACGCAUGAGAACAACACCUUCAUGAUCUAUUUAUGGCGCGAAGUGCUAGGCUUCAAGCCCGAAAGCCUGCAGUGCCUGCCCCUGUGCGAGCGGCUGCCUGCGCAGCCCAUCAGGCUCGUGAUACCUGACGCCUCCGUGCGCCUCGCUUCUGUCAAGGCCGAGGUCUACGAAUACUCCUUGAUGUCCAAUGUCUCUGGCGUGUAUCAUGGAGUGGUGAGCGUGCUGAGACCCGGCGCCUUCCAUGGGUUGUGGUACAACAACCCCAACCACUCCAAGCGGGUCUACACGGAAAUGCUCCGAGGACCGCUGGACUUUGACUGGGGCAUCUUUGGUCCAGGUGGAACGCUGCCAAGCAACAAGUAUUCCCUUCAGAUCAUUGGAUGGCUUCGCAUCCCUGUCCAAGACAGGUAUUUGUUCCAGCUCUAUUCCGACACCGGCGGCCGUGUCUUUCUGAACGGCACGGAGAUCUCUCCAACUGGCUCCAACGGAAUCGAGAGAGGCCACAGCACGGUGACGAUGGAGGUGGAUCUUCAACAGGGAUACAUUCCCAUUGAGAUCCUGUACGACCACUGGAUGGGAGAGACCACCCGGAACUUGCGCGCCUUCCUUCGGCUGGGCUUCGGCAGCCUGAGCAGCGCGGUGCCUUUCCACGUGCUGCAGGCCGAAGACAUGUACUACGAGGAAGUGCUUCGCCAGCCAUACAACCCCUUUCUGCACACCGUGCAUCCCGCCAUUCCCGUCCACAGCCUUGAGGCGGUGAGCGCCACAUCCGUGCAAGGCACCGUGGGCAAGGACGUCUUCAUGCGAGUGCAGUCCGCGGACAUGUACGGCAACCUGCAGACGCGCCGAGACCCGGCCUCCUACUUGCGUCUCCGCAGCGACCCGCCGGACGUGGCGGGCAUGCGCUCCAAUGACAUGCUGAGCAGCCAGCACUGGAGAAUCGAGCCGCUGCAGAGCGGGGCCUGGGACGUGGCCCUGAUCCCGGAAGGCCCCGCGGCGGUACACAACCUCACCUUCGACCUCUACUCCCGGGCCUCGGAGCACUUUGGCGCGCUGAAGCCGGUGGCCAGCCAAAGCAUUUUGCUCCACCUCUCGGUGAACGAGCCGGUGGCAGAGACCUCGAGUUUGCUCUGCAUACCGCCUCUUUCGUGGCCCGUCGGGGUGCAGGUCACCUGCGCUGUGGUCCCGCGAGACGUCCAGGGCAACGAGAUUCGAGGACUGCGGCGUGUGGCGCUCUACGCGCAGCCCCCGGAGAUGUCGGAGGAGCUGACCACCUUGCUGCACGUGGCUGAUGAGCUGGACGUGGCCAGGCAGUUCCGAUUUUUCCCCACCCUGGCCGGGACGUGGCAUCUUCGAGCUGAAGUGACCUUGCUGGAAGACAUCACGGUGCACCUGCGGAGUUGGCCACUGCAGGUCUUGCCUGGGGAGACCACGGCGUACCGCAGCAACGUGACGGUGCCCACCACAAUCAUCACCGAGGUGCCCUACAACGUGCCCAUCCUUGCCUAUGACGAGUACCAAAACCCCUCAGAGACGGGCAACGACGUUUUCCGCAUGAAGCUGACUGGGGGCUACCACGGGCGCCUGGAGAGUCAGCUGAAAGUGGAGUACAUGGGCAACAAUACCUACCAGGUGAACAAUAUGAGCGUGCCCACCCGGGACCUCUUCCAGCUGCACGCGGACCUGCUGGUGUCGCGCCACAACAACAGCCUGGCGCAGUGCCCCGAGCUGUCCCCGGUGCCAGGCGGCCAGAUCUAUCAGCUCACAGAGCAGCGAGCUGUGGGCAGCGUCGCAACGCUGCGGUGCCUCUCAGGCUUUGCGGCCGCUGGCGGAGAGACGAAGCUGCGCUGCGAGUGGCCCCCGCCCUAUGCAGCCCGCCAGGUGGCCGGCUACGCGGAGUGGUUCAACCUGUCAUCCAUGCCAGCUUCGGGGCUGAUGUGCCGGGAGAGGCCGCUCUGGUGCCCGCCUGCGCCCUCGGUGCCCUACGGCCUGCGCAUUGCAAGGGACUGGCGCCGCCAGGUGGGCAGCAGUGAGAGGGCGCAGUGCCUGCAGGGCCAUGCGUCUCGGAUCGGGCCGUCCCGGGUGGGUGCUCAGCAUCGGCUUGAAUGGGAAGUGUCGGCAAAGCACUAG